AUGUCUUCUUCUUCUUCUACUUCCAAAAGACACCCAACAUACCACGGAAUUCGAUGCCGUGGAGGAAAAUGGGUCACUGAAAUCCGUGAGCCUCGCAAAACCAACCGCAUAUGGCUAGGCACAUUCUCCACUCCUGACAUGGCUGCCGCAGCUUACGACGUUGCCGCUUUGGCUCUCAAAGGUCCCGACGCAGUGCUCAACUUUCCUCACAGAGCUUGCAUGUAUCCAGUCCCGCCUUCCAAUUCUGCCGAUGACAUUCGUAACGCUGCCAUUGCUGCAGCUGAAUUCAUGAACGCUGAAUACCGCAAUGAUGCUGGUUUUGAAGUUAAUCCUUCGUAUCAAGCUCAUCAGUUUCUUGAUGAGGAAGCUAUAUUCUCCAUGCCAAGUUUGAUGGUAGCAAUGGCCGAGGGAAUGAUGCUUUCACCUCCCAGAAUGAAUCCACCACCCUCUGAUUACUCACAUGAUCAAUAUUACACUAUGGGACAAAGUUUGUGGAACCAUUUUUGA